AGAACACAAAUGCACAGUCGGAAACAGCCCUCCUCGCCACCGGCUCGGAGCUCGGCGUAGGGUGGGCCGCCCCAUGGCUCCCCUUAGGCCAGGGGCAGGUGUUCAGGCGGGAACCGCAUCCCUCAGCAUCCCUUCCCCCCCCUUCCGCCGCCGCUGACAAACCCGAACUGCGGCUGCGGAGCCGCUGCUCCCUUCUCUUCCCGACUGCCCACCCCUCGGCGGCACAAACCAGCCCGGUCACCGGGGAGGGGGGGGCUGAGCGGAGGGCGGGAGGGAGAGAGGGUGCGGUGCCCGCUCCCCGCCGUUAAGGGCCGCUUCCCGCCACGCUCCCUCCCGCCAUAAAAAGGGAGCCGGGGGGGGACGAGGACGGGGACGGGUCCUCUCGGCCUCCCUCUACACUACUUACCCAGCCAGGAACCAAAGAGGAGCCACCCCAGCAGCCGCAUCGCUGCCGGCACUGACCCCUACGAGAAAUCCCAGCCGAAGAGCACAAGCUGGUUGAUCAUUAACAGAGUCAAGCUGAUUGAGCAAUCCACCACUGCUGUUUUUCUCUGUACAAGCCUGAUAGUGGACUAACAGGAAGAUGGUUGAGGAUCUGAAGAGAAAGCUGCUCAUUGUUCUUGCUGUCCCCUUACUGCUCAGCUCAGCACAAGCAGGGAACACAGGCAGACUCUCAGGGCAUAACUGCACUGACUUCCAAACAGCAAAUUUCCUACGGGGCAGUAAACUAAAGGUCCAGUUUCUUCUGUUCACCCACUCAAGCCCUAGCUGUGGGGAGCUGGUUUUAGCUGAGGAUGACAUCAAGAACAGCAGCUUCAACAAGAGCCUGGAAACCAAGAUCAUAAUCCAUGGCUUCAGGGCUUUGGGCACCAAACCUUCCUGGAUUGAAGAGCUUGUCCAUGCCAUACUGCACACAAACCAGGUGAAUGUGAUUGCAGUAGACUGGGUUUAUGGGUCUACAGCAGCCUAUCCCUCUGCAGUGGAAAAUGUCACACAGCUGGCCCUUGCCAUUUCACUACUUAUCAGCAAGCUCCUGGCCCUGGGAGUCUCAGGAACAUCCAUCCACAUAAUUGGGGUAAGCCUUGGUGCACAUGUUGGGGGCCUGGUGGGGCACUUCCAUGGCGGUCAGCUGGGACGGAUAACAGGCCUGGAUCCUGCAGGUCCUAAGUACACCAGAGCCAGCCCUGAGGAACGCCUGGAUCCUGGAGAUGCCCUCUUUGUGGAAGCCAUUCAUACUGACUCUGACAAUUUUGGGAUCCGGAUUCCUGUAGGCCACAUCGAUUAUUUUGUCAAUGGAGGAAGAGAUCAGCCAGGAUGCCCCCGAUUCAUCUCGGCAGGCUACAAGUAUCUGAUCUGUGAUCACAUGAGGGCAGUACAUCUCUAUGUCAGUGCCUUGAAACAUUCAUGUCCGAUGGUGGGAUUCCCUUGUGCAAGUCAUCAAGAUUUUUUAAAUGGUCAUUGCCUGGACUGUGUUGACCCCUUCCUGUUCUCCUGUCCCAGAAUAGGCCUGCUGGAGCAGGCAGGUGUCAACAUGACAAAGCUGCCCAAGGAAGUGAAAGUUUAUUUAAAGACCAGUUCCUCAGCGCCAUUCUGUGUCCACCACAGCCUGGUUGAGUUCCAUUUGCAGAAGAGAAGAAACACAGUCACCAGCAUUGAGAUCACCUUCUUCAGCAACACCACCAAGGACACAGCGAAGAUCACUAUAGCUAAGAACCAGGAGAUGGGCAAACGGCUGCUGACCCACAGAGUUCCCUUGUGCCAGAUAAACAGCGUGACUCUGAGGUAUCUCCCCCAUAAUCGGUUUUGGAGGAAGGAUGCACCAUUCAUUGCUGGCAGGUUCUGUGCAGCCCCUCUGCCUCUUGACAGCAACAGGACAACAUCAUGCCUGCCCUGGAACCUCACCCUUCCCAGCAACACAGACGUCUCCUAUGAGCCACCCACUGCUUGUGCUUAGCACUGCCUUCAGAGCAUGCAGACAUCAGACAUCAGAAAGGAGUCCUAAAGCUAUUGCUGCUUGCUGCUCACAGUUUAUACUUCCACCAUAAAGUCAGAUUAAUUUUCUACUUCCUGCUUUAUCAGUGAAUUGUAGAAUGAUUUGGGCCAGAAGGGGCCCUAAAGAUCAUCUAGUUCCACCCCUUGCAUGGACAGCAACACCUCCAACUAGAUAAGGUUGCUCAGAGCCCCAUCCAACCUGGCCUUGAACGCAAGACAGGCUUCUAUUAGGGACAGGAUGUCAAGGGAAAGAAGUGUGCAGCAGAUUGGAGAGUCCAAGCUUGACUAGUUACAUCAAGACCUCUCAGCUAAAAGACUGGAUUUUAUCUUACGGAUUCUGUACCCAUCUCUGAAAGUGGAUGGGCAAGUCGUAAUCUCAAGAUUUAGAUCUGUGUGAAAGAUGAUAAUACUGCUCUUCCUAUAACAGAAGAAUUGGGAUGAUUCAUUUGUGUUUUACAUUAAAGUGUCCUGAUAACUUCA